CUCCUCAUCCCCUCUGCUCUCUGUGGAAGCACAUUGUUCAACGCGGGCUCGUUUUUUUUUUUUACCCAGAACCAAUGAAUGCCUCGGUGCAUUGUAGCUCCUGAAAAUUGAACACUUUAAUCGGAUAUAAUAAGGUGUAGAUAUCCGAAGACGGCGGGAAGCGGACCAAGAAUAUAUUCUGUGUCCUGAUUACAGCGGAGAGGCAACAGAGUUGGAAGAUUUUUUUUUUUCUUCUUCUUCUCCGGUAGACGAAACGUCGCUCUUGUAGCUAAUUAGACCUCUGCUUGUUUGGCGUUUGUGUGGUGAGCAGCAACAGCAGCAGCAGCAGCGGCUAAAGAUGACGGAGUAUAAGCUGGUGGUGGUGGGAGCUGGAGGCGUGGGCAAGAGUGCACUCACCAUCCAGCUCAUCCAGAACCACUUUGUGGAUGAAUAUGACCCCACCAUAGAGGACUCGUACCGGAAACAGGUUGUGAUCGAUGGGGAGACCUGCCUGCUGGACAUCCUGGACACUGCAGGUCAGGAGGAGUACAGCGCCAUGAGGGAUCAGUACAUGAGGACAGGGGAGGGCUUCCUCUGUGUCUUCGCCAUCAACAACACCAAGUCUUUUGAGGACAUUCACCAGUACAGAGAACAGAUUAAACGUGUGAAGGACUCAGACGACGUUCCCAUGGUGCUUGUGGGAAACAAAUGUGACCUCCCGGCACGCACGGUGGACACAAGGCAAGCCCAGGAACUCGCCCGCUCUUACGGCAUCCCUUACAUCGAGACCUCUGCCAAAACACGACAGGGAGUAGAGGACGCCUUCUACACGCUGGUUAGAGAGAUCAGACAGCAUAAGCUGAGGAAGCUGAACCCGCCGGACGAGAGCGGUCAGGACUGUAUGAGCUGUCGCUGUGUGGUGUCGUGAUGCAGCUGACUGUUGCAUGUUGAGGAGAAAUGCUACGGCGCGUAGUGGCAGCAUGGACUUAAAGAUAGAACGUUAAAACAACUCAAUGAUGAAAUAUAAACUUUUUCAAAAAGAGGAGGAUUGAAGCAAAAGCUCUCAAGGAAACCAACCAGAGCUGACUGAACCAUAGACCUUCAUGGGAAGGAGGAUUUGGACUGUUGCCUUAACGGCUAUCUGAACUAUCGGUCCGGUCCCUUUUAUUUGGUCCACGUGUCGACCUGUGAGCAACACCACUAAUGACUCUUUGUCAACUCCAGUGUGGUCUCGCUGGAUGGCUCAACAAGUUUCCUGCUAACUUAUUGUUUUCAGUCUCAACACUGGUCUUGAAGGGGGUGUCUCUGACCCCCUCCCACCUUGAAAGCCUAAUUCCACUCCCCCUGCCUGCCCACUGGAAGGACUGACUGACUUAAAUGGAAAGGACUGGAACAUAAAUACCCCUCCCCCGACUACCUGCCUUUGGUUUCCUUCACUAUACUGGAUACAAGGGGUGGAGGCUGACAUGGGAAUGACUAUAAUUUGUUGUUUUAACUGUUAGCCUAGCUGUACAAAAUCUUUUGAUUUUUUUUUUUUUUUUUUUUUUUUUUUUUUGAUAUGAUACAUUUUGUUUGUGAUUGCAGAAUUUGAAAAGUCACAGAGCAAUAUGCGAGUAAGGGCGUUCAUCACAGGUGACACCCGGCUUGACAUUAAUCAUGACCUGCCUGGCGUAGUUGGAAUUUCUUUAUAGGAAGAUAGAUGAAUUCCCAGAAUGCAGCUGCCUUCUCUCCUUUCAAAUGUGUUUUUCUUUGCUACAGUCAAGAGUUGACUUUGUGGAAUAAUAAUAGUAAUGGCUAAUGUACGUAGGUUCUGGUGCAAUAGAUUUAUUUACUGUUCAACUCACACAACGUUUUGGGAAUGAACCACCUCUCAUUGCUACUGGUUUUACUUUGGUAGGGAAGCGGUUUGUAUCUGUCGGAGGAAAACUCUGCACUUGUACAGUCACACAAUGACAGGUUAUGGUUUGAGACAAAAAUGACAACCAGUUUUUUUUCGUUUUUUUUUUCUUCUUGCAUUUCAUUUCGGUAAGCGUAUGCUGUACAACUCUUAUUUACUACACGGGGAUAACGGCUAUUUUUUUAGAUUGCAAGAAUCACUCCUUGUUGAUAAUACGGCUCAGGAAUCAGGGUCCAGGAAAGUCUCACCAGUCCUGGCAACCCCCAGGGUUAAGGAUGUCACCAGUUAGCUUUGCAGAGUGUAACGCACAAAGUCCUGCCUCAAGAGUCCAACUUGAGUUUUUCCUCACACCAUGCGAUCCUCACAACCUGCUCCUCUUUCUCUGCCACCUCAGUUCUGCAACGGAACAAUAACCGGUCAGGUGCUACUCAUGUCAGAACCAUAUUUACUGUAUAUGUGGGACUAUUGUGUGUAAUAGGUGAUGGAUAUUGGGUGACGUGAGUACGUCGCUUUGUUAAAUUAAUACCGACUAGCUUGUGCUCUCCACAACUGCAUUAAUUUGCUGCCUAAAUGGGGAAAAAAAGACUGCUCUGGAUUUACUUAGCCUUAUCGUUUAGCUAGUUUGUACCUCAUGUAUGCAGCGAGCUCUACCCGAGACGAAUAUGUGUUCUGCUGGCUGCAUUGUUUAUGUGUGCAACUAAAAAAAUAAAAAUAAAAAAAAUGUGUGUUGACUUUAGACAUGCGCUGUAUAGAAUUUGAAAGACAAGGCAAGUCCCUGAAAACACUACACUGAUUUAAAGAAGGGGGUUUUCUGUAAUAGCAUGUGCGUCUGAAUGUGAUUCUGCUUAGCAAGACUGAAAAACAACACAGUUUAAGUAUAUAUGCCGGGUUGUCUUGCUGUCAUGUUCAUAUGAAGUUUCCUUCUCAAAACAUUGGAACAUGUGAUGAUGAUGAUGAUUACUAGAAAUUGUUACUUUAAGUCAAGGUUAUACUUGAACAAUUCAGAGAGUUGGUCAUGUAUGAUGAUGUAUAGCGCUCCAGACACUACAGGCAGGUUUUAGCAACAAGCUCCAGAUGCAAACCUCAGAGGAAUCCCAGACUUCUUCCACGAAAGAUGUCACAUGUUAUUUGGCCUUUGUCUCCUGUCGAGGGAAACAAAAUGUUUAUUUCUGACCGAAUUGAUUUUGUACAGUUAAAGGUUCCCUCAUAACAUGGCUUAAAGAUGAUAUGAUCAGUCCGGUUUAGCGUGGAUGGUUGUGAAGUUGUUUUUAAUCAGUUAAGUGUUCAUUUCUCUGCUCGGAGGAAGGAUAUGAACUGUGAAUGUGUUUUGAGUCGUUAGAUAUGUUUGAAAGAAGCCUCGUGUUUAAAAUUUACGAUAUUGUAAUAAUGCAGGAGUGGAUCCUUAGGUCCCACUUUUGACUGUGUUGUUUCUAACUUUUAUUUUUCACCCAUUGUGCUCCAAAAAAAAAAAAAAAGGGUGUGGCAUUUGUAACAUGUAAUUACAGUCCUGAUAGUAUGCUUGUCCUCUCCCUGUCAAUCUUUAAACAGUACAUCCAUGGUAAUACAUAGAAUUCCACAAAUCUUUGUAUUCAAAUUCCUGUUUCAUUAGCUACCUUCAUCAUGUUGCCACAGGCAUACUCCAGCCAGCAAACAAUAAGUAGACAUGUCAGAAGACCUAGAGAGCAUGACGGAGACUGUACGGACCAUAGGGAGAUUUGCACAAGGAUAAAGUGGGCUCAAGGGCUUGUUUCGCCCUUGCAAACUGCGGAUGGAGGUGUGGAAGGAAUUUAUGAAAAUGACAACUGUUUAGCUAUUUAAGAUGUAUUUACUCUUUGAAAAUGUGGCAAAUGUAUUGCAGGACAGGAAUAAAGAUGUCAAGAUGAAA